AUGGAAAGCAGCGGAGAGGAUGUUGAAACUGGCGGCUAUGAGGAUGUUGUUGAGCUGAUAGCAGCUGCUGAGGCGGACGAAGAACUUCCACGGGCAAGCAGGGACCUUGUUAAGAAAGUGCACAUAGUUCUUGAAGGUGCUGUACUGCGCAAGAGGAGUAUCGACGCAAGCCUAGCCAAAAGAGUGUUGAAAGUGAUUCGAGCCCUUCUUCCCUCCAGCCUUAGAGAAGUUCUUGAAGAAGAGACGGUCGAAAAGCUCGGAGACAUCUUUGAUGCUCUUUUCAGGCCAGAGAAGCAGACCGGAACGACCUUUGCUGUCUUGGGGGACGUUCUAUACACUGUGGAGGAUCUUUGUGAUACGAAAGAAGGCAGGGAGAAGUGCGGUCCAUGCUUCAUCCCCAGACUGGUCAGACUGCAAUAUGGUAGGCUUCCUUUCAAAGUACGACGGGCGGCUAUUGAGAGCUUAUCAGCCAUCACAGAAGGAAGUGCUGCCAAUCUGAAGGAGCUCCUGAAGCUCGAGAAAGAUUGCACCAUUCUCUUCACUCAAACACUUCCGAGCUGUGGGGAUUUCCUGACCCAAGCAAGCAUACUUGAAAUACUGUACCGGAUCGUGCGGAAGCAGUCCUCUUUGCUUCAAACCGGUUUCUGCGGAGUGGAAAAAUGGAGAAAGUCUCUAAAAGAAGAGUUCUUGAUGAUUGCGAAGAAGCGGGAUCCAGAGCUUUACAAGGAAAUUAGAGCCUUCCUACUCUCGUACAACGCUUCACUAGGAGCAGCUCGCAGCGUCUUUUCGGUCGAGUUCGAGAGGAUCGUCAUAGACGGAAAUGAAGCGACGGCGGUGACGGACAGAUGGCUGGAUUUUGGUUCCAAUCACGUCUCCUUCUACGCUUUAAAUGAAGAGGACAAACGGCUGGAAGCAGACGAGGAGGGGGCAGCGCUUGUCGACCUUCCUUACGGGAGAAUACUGGACCUAAAACGUUCUUCUGCAACAACUCUCAGCCUGGUGGCAAAGUCGGCGGCGGCCGGGCUCGCAAGCGCGCAGUUCUCGCAAAACGCCCAGUCUACGAAGGAAGUUAGUAUCGAGAUGAAGGACAAAGAGAUGGUCACCGUCGAGCGAGUCAUCUUGCCAUGGCUGAACAGCAAAAACAAGCAGGAUUUACCUCAAGAGCUCGUCAAGGGGCCGCUCCACCUUGUCAGCACACGAACACCCGAACGUGCUGACAACAACAAAGAAAAUCUUCCUCCAAACAAUAAUAAUGCUUUAUCCUCACCACGGAAAGAAGGAGGCAAAAUGACGACCAGACUGGACCCCGAGCUACAUAAUUGGGAAGAUGUAUUCAGACAGCCUCAAGGACCUGAAGACCACAGAGAGACUCACUGUACGGCUUUCCAAGAAACAAGAAACGACCGGAAAGAGCUGACGCAUCAAGAACACUCUUGCGGUGACAGAAGCGAUAUGCCGAUCGAGAUGUUGCGACAGCAAGUCCGAGGGCUUCAAGAGAAGGAUAAGUGCAGACCAGCAGCAGAGGAUGCGGAUGGCCGAGGCAAAAAGGGAGGUGCGAAAAGGAGGGGCGAAGGUGGGGAAAAAGCAGAUGAGGCAAACAAAGAGCUCUCAGAAAGGGAUAAAUCCUCCGCUGACGAUGACGACAGUACGAGAGCUGUAAAUAUCGGCAAGGAUGCCGGUGUUGCAAUCAAGAGCCACAGGGCUCUUAGGAUUCCUCCAAAGCAGAACAAAGUCGAAUCUUCUAGCCCCGAGGGUGGGAAGAAGCCAGAGAAGGAAGCUGAUACUGGGAGCCCGCACAAUAUCGGCGCAAAAGGCGGAGGAAAGGACGUGGCCGCAAGAGAGAUGCAAGCGGCAAAAGUUCCUAAGGAAUCUGUUAACCAGAAAUACAUUGCUAAGGGCAAAUCAGAAGGGAGAAAAGUUGACAGAACGAAGGAAAACAAUCAUGGCGCUUUCGAGUUCAAAGCUGAUGAAGGCAAAGACAAAAUAGAAGCGGAGAAAGAAGGCAGACUGCCCUCCAAAAAGCAGGGCGGACCAGCUAAACGAGGCGCAAACGAAAAGGAGGCAGUCCGGAAUGACGGAAAUGCCAACGGACAGCCUGAUGAUGAAGAAAAGGAUCAGGAGGACAAAGAUAAGAAAUUGGAUGGUGCCGUCAAUCAAAAGAGUGUUGCUGUCCGCGCUUUGCAAAGGCGACAAAGUAGAACAAAUCAACCCGACUCCGAAGGAGAUGCCUUCGACAUCCUACCGAAAGCUGCUGCGUGUGAUCCAGAAAAAGGUGAUAGUCCACGUACCCCGCUUCGGGGGGUUCAGCAGCGCUCAGAGUCUCCGGCGCCUCAGCUUAGGCGCGACAGCAUGUACCAGGAUGAGCAACAACAAGUUGAAGAAGCCCUGGCUUAUCUGCUUGAGGAGGAGGACCCUGAUCAGACGAAAGGGAACUCCACCUGGAAGUCGGGAGAUGACACAACAGCGGGAGCUCCAGAGGCGAAGCUGGACUUGAAUCCUGCACGCAGAAAGCCCCUGAAGCUGAAGACCGGGAAGCGGCAAGACGAAAGUGAAGACAAGAAGCCCGCAAAUUUGGAGUUGUCUGCCUGGAACGAAGACCUUCCUGAUGCCGGCUUCGACGCACUGGAAGACCCCCCGCUUUCUCCAGCUCUUACUCCAGAAGAAGAAGCGCCUCUCAGGCUUCUCGCCGACCUCCCAAAGUCAGAGCGUCAUUUGAGAAACGCCCGCCGAAAUGGAGUCGGCACCGAGGUCAAGAGCGCCAAGCCUUCUGAGAAAGAAAAGCCUGCACGCAAAAGUGCCCCUGCCCCAAUUGACACUCUUCUACUGGAAACAGCUGCAGUCGAGGAAGAGCUGUUGGGAACGCCUGACGAAGGUCUUCUGGAUACGGAAGGAGGGACCGACGAGGGUGGACUCGGAGGAGCGGUCAAGAUGAUUGCCAAGAUGGUGACGCAGCUGAAAGGCAAGAUGAAGCUACAGUCCAAGAGGAAAGCGUCCAGCAUCGUGGAGGAUGCUAAGGAAGCCAUGCAGGCGGAGAUGCUCAAAGUCCAGAAGAAGGUCAAGAAAGACAGUGACGAGUGCAUCCGCGUCUGCAAACGCAAGUUCGGCACAAUUGAGGCCCAAUUGCAAGCCCACAGCAAAAAGAUGAAGAUGCUUCAUGACAAGUUCCAGGCAGACUUCAAGCAACAAUUGGACGAGUACGAGAACACGUUUGCGCAUAUGGACGACGCCAAGGUGGACAUGAAAGAAGCGAUCGACAAGACGAAAGCUGCUCACAAGAAGUUGUUCGAGCAAGCUCAGGAGAGCGCCACCGAGAUCCUUCAACAGACAGAGAAGAAGCUGCAGUCCAUUAACAAGGGUGCACGCGAAAUGAAGGCGCUACGUCAGGCCCUAGUCGGUAUCACUGCCCUGUGA